GAGGGACAAGAUGGGCUGCGCCCCGGGGAGAGUCUUUUUAUUGCAGCUCGUCCUGUAUUUACAUUGUCUUUUACUUGGGGACUGUCAGCAGCAAAGGAGCCCUGUGGGGCCGAGCUCCAUGUGGAGACAGAGACUUCAGUGGCAGAGUAACGGGAGGGUGUACAGUCUGCUGAGCCACGGCUCCGAGUACCAGCCGGCCAGGCGCAGGGAGCAGGAGGGCAGCGCGCCCCACUCUCCGCUUCUUCUGCUCAGCAGCCGCCACAACAACAGCGUUUCCCAGGGCACCGGCGCACACAGAGCCCAACCUCCCAGAUCCGUAACCCCAAGUGCGGAGGGGCAGCAGCAACAACCUGCGAGCACUAACCCGGCAGCACGGGAAGACGCCGCCGCCACCUCUCGCUUGUGGUUCCAGGCGACAAGGCAAAGAAACGCCGGAGAUGCCGCCGGGAGACAGAGGAGCGCAGGUGCCGCGCAGGAGAGGCGUCAGGGCGCACAGGCGUCUCACACCCGAGUCAACGGGACGGACAGAGUGGAGGGAAUGCAGGGGGACGACCCGUAUAACCCCUACAAGUACUCCGAGGAUAAUCCCUAUUACAACUACUAUGACACCUAUGAGAGAUCCAGGACGAAUGAGAGGCAGAGGCCGGGCUAUGGCACCAGGUACUUUCAGAACGGUCUUCCAGACUUGGUUCCAGAUCCUUACUACAUUCAGGCGUCGAUUUAUGUUCAGAAAAUGUCCAUGUAUAACCUGCGGUGUGCUGCUGAAGAAAACUGCUUGGCAAGCUCAGCAUACAGCUCAGAUGUCAGAGACUAUGAUCAACGAGUGCUUCUCAGGUUCCCACAAAGAGUCAAAAACCAAGGUACGGCUGACUUCUUGCCAAGCAGACCACGAUACACUUGGGAAUGGCACAGCUGUCACCAACAUUAUCAUAGCAUGGACGAGUUCAGCCAUUAUGAUUUGCUGGAUGCCAGCAGUCACAGAAGAGUUGCUGAGGGCCACAAAGCCAGCUUCUGCCUAGAAGAUACCUCCUGUGAUUAUGGCUAUUACAGACGGUUUGCAUGCACAGCUCAUACACAGGGAUUGAGUCCUGGUUGUUAUGAUACAUAUAAUGCAGAUAUUGAUUGCCAGUGGAUCGAUAUCACAGAUGUAAAACCUGGCAACUACAUCUUAAAGGUCAGUGUGAAUCCCAGCUACCAGGUACCAGAAUCUGAUUACUCCAACAAUGUUGUGCGUUGUGAUUUACGAUACACUGGACAUUACGUGUACACUUCCGGCUGCACAAUUUCUCCUUAUUAAAUGCAAGGCAAGGGUUUAUACUCAAGUGAAAGAUGAUUGGGAUGUAAACACUUUUAGGUGAAAGCAUAUGGACUUCCAUGAAAAUGCAACUGGAUUUGAAUCACGUUUCAGAAAGUUAGGAGCAUUGGGAUGAUCAGAAAUUGUUGUACAUUUCUCUUGUCUCCACGUACAGACACUUCAUGUACAUGUAGAAGCGAGCUUUAAGAAGUCUGUUUAUAUACCAGCCAAUAAUAGUUACAUUUAUUUUUCAAUUCCUUAAAAGAAUGAAUAUUAUAUUGUAUAUCCUCUAUAGAGUCUAUAAGUACAUAAAGCAAUCUGACAUGAUCCAUUGUGACGUUGAACAUAGAUGAUGCCACUAUGGAGAGAACACACCAGUGGAUAAAAGUGUAGUGUGAAUAGUGGUUGGAGGACCUAAUCAGAAUGUUUGAAUCCAAGUAAAUUCAUAGGACUAUGCCAAGGAAUACCAACCUGAAUAGUUAUCAUACAAAAUGCUCCUCUUUUUAACAAAAAAGGUGACAUUACAAUGCAAUACAUGCCAUGCUCUUCUGAUUACAUAUUCGUGGACCAUCACAAUUUUUGGAUCCACUUCCACUAGUGCCUUUUAAGCUGGACUACAUCUCGUAGUAUCCCCCCAAUUGUGUAUCAGUCAUACACUGAGCCAUUAAUGACUGUGCAAGGAUACCUCAAAUGUUCUAUCGGGCUUUUGGGUUGUCACCAUAUCAAAAAGACAUUCAUAAUUCAGUUGCAGUAAAUCUGCUCUGCCUGAAGCAUAUACAGGUAUGGGACAUGUUAUCCAGAAUGCUCAGGACCUGGGGUCUCCUGGAUCUUUUUGUAAUUUGGAUCUUCAUACCUUAAGUCUACUAGAAAAUCAUGUAAACUUUAAAUAAACCCAAUAGGCUGGUUUUGCUUCCAAUAAGAAUUAAUUAUAUCUUAGUUGGGAUCAACUACAAGGUACGGUUUUAUUAUUACAGAGAAAAA